AUGCAUUGGGUAUUGGUAAAUUUAUUUGCACGUAAAUAUGCUGAGAUAGGUAUGUUGGCAUAUGUUCAAGAUAUUCAACGUCAAGAACGUGUAAAUGGUGUUGAAACAUUACAACAUCAAACUUGGUCUGGAGCAAAUUACGUUGAUUCACUUAUGAAAAUUGUACAAGGUGGUGUUUCUUCCACAUCUGCUAUGGGUAAAGGUGUAACUGAAAAACAAUUCUCCAAAUAA